ACAGGGCUCCAGGGGGAUCCCUGGUGGUGUGGGAUCUCCAGGCUUGUACUGAGAAGAGGUGUCUGCAUGGCUGGCCUUCAGGUCACAGCCCAGUUCUUUUCGAGCAGUUGGGGAUAAUGUGGGGGGGGGUCCCUCAGCUGGACGCUGCGGCCUCUCCAAACUUGCGAGUUUUGAACUUUCUGAGCACACAUUCUACCUUGGAGCCCCAGCCCCAGCCCCAGCCCCGUACUGUAUUAGGAAACUGGAGGGCUGAGACGCAGCUGAGGGGUAGAGCACUGGGCUGGCAUGUACAAGGCUCCGGGCCCCAUCCCCAGCACAGCAGGGAAGGAAGGCAGGAGGGAGGGGAGGGGAGGGGAGGAGACAGGGAGAGAAGGAAGGAAGCUGGGAAGCUUCAGGGGCAGUGUCCAGAGGUGAAGGAGAAGCCCAAAAAGCAAGUUUAGGAAGAAAGUUGUUGAGGCAGAUUGGGGGGUCUAUGACAGGUUAAUGGACAUUUGUUCUGGGGAUAACUGGGAGCUCCAGUAAGACCCCCAGGUUGGCUCACAGCUGGCCACACAGCCAGUGCACACCAGAGCCUCAGUGCCAUUGUGCCUAACCACUGGAGGGACAGAUCAUGUGACCCAAGCCAGGCAUGUUGGCCACACCUGUAAUCCCAGCGACUCAGGAGGCUGAGGUUAGGGCUAGGGAUGUAGCUCAGGGAUAGCAUGCUUUUCAGUCCCUAGUAACCAACAAAUGAAUAUCCUGUCUAGUUCUGGAAGGGUCAGGAAACUGAGGGGUUGUGAGCUGUGCCAGUUCUCUCCUGGGCCCCCUUCACAGUGCUGAUCUUCUGCCCCAAGAGGGGCCAGGAAGAGGUGCAAUCCCAAAUUUUAAUGUUGGCCUAACGGGGUUUGGUAGGGGAUUGCACCCAUCUCCAGGUUGGGCAGCACCCGAGCUUCCACAGCUGGGGUGGGCUUGGGGGGGGGGGAAUCUACUGAAAAGGGUUUGUUCUCUGAAAAUGACAGGCAAGCAGGGUACCCUUCCUCUUCCUGCCUUAAAUCCAGAUAUCUGAUAUCUGGAGCCACAGCAGUGAUCCUGCAUCCAGGAGCCAGUGAACUCUGAAAUGAACGGCCAGCACUCUAGCAUUAGUGAAGCAGAGAGAAGGGCCCUGGGCUUGAGGGACCGGCUCAGCUGCAGGCCUGCUUCCUGAGGCCCUGAGCCCACAGCACCUCAUGGUGCCACUUGGGCUUAAGCAGUGCUACAGCUGAGCACUCUUCUAGAGUUGCUCACGUCUCUGAACAGCCACGAAGGCCUAGCUGCCAAGCAGGCCUGGCUCCUCUUUGGACCACUCGGCCUCAGCAGGAGGCCCUGGGUGAUGGGCAGGGUGGCUGACCAGCUGUGGCCUUUCUCACCGGAGCUAGACAAGGUGGGCACCCAGGAGCAAACCUCCCUGUCACCUUCCAGACAGGGACUUCAGAGGAGGCUGACAUUGCCAAGAUGUGGCCAGCACCCUUCCUGAGAAGCUGUGCUUGGGCAUGAGGGUCAGGUAGUGGCCCCACUAUCCCCGUGUGGGGCAGGCCUGCUGUGCACUGCCCUCCUGUGGGAACCAGGAUACUCUGUGAGGGCCAAGUAUGUCCAUCUGGGGCAAGACUGGGAGCUGCACUGGGCGCCAGGACAUCCAGGUCAGGGCACACUCAGCCUUAGCACCAUCUGGCCUCAUCUGGGCACAGACAGCCCGAGGCUGCUCUCUCCACUUUCCCUGCUGUCACAAGCCAAAAGGUGACUGUCUCCAGCUCAGCUGUACUGGGCUCCUUCCCACGAAGCCUGCAGCAGGAGUGUCCAGUGAGGUCCAAGACAGGGAGUCCUGAGGCAGGGUUGUCUUGUUUCUUAUGCCUGCCAACUGGGUCUCGUGGGAGGAAGGAUGUGGUCACCUCUGCCAAAGGCUACCCCAGUCUCAUGCCUUUGAAGUCUCAGGCUUGGCAGAGGAGGGAUGGGGAGAAACAUCCCUCUCAAAGGCCUUGUUCAUGGAAGUGGAAAUCCACAUCCCUGUUAAGGGGCCCUGAAGCAGGGGGCGGGGGCGGGCUGCCCGCCGCUGCCCCGAGGUGCACAGUGGUCUGCAGCUGCUGCUGCCUGGGCUGCACGUGGCUUUGGGCCAGUGCUGCAGCACAGCCCUCGUGCUGGAACCCGCUCCCCUGGGCCAUUCUCAAUGAGGGGCAGAGGUCAUGGAGGCAAAGAGCUGAGCUCAGGGUAUGGCAGUAUGUGGGCCCUGUUCUCCAUGCGGGCUCUCCGUGGAGGCUUGUGGGACUGGUGAGCUGCCAGAAAGAAGCAGUCCACCAACAUGGAAAACGGCCAGAUCCACUAAGGAUGGACACCUUGUGGCACCAACAUUGCCCCUUGUUCCCCAGGGGAUGUGCGCCAAGCCUCCAACGCCACCUUGGGCCGUCCCGAGUAGCUGGAAGCUGUCCAAAUGCCAAGCAUGAUCUGCUCACAUAAUGGACACCACACGGUCUAAGUGGGAGGAUUUUAAUUACCUGCAAUAAAAAGGAUGAAUCUCAGUGUGAGUCAAAAUACCAACCAGAAGGUUCCAUUUAUAUGACAUUCCAAGAAAGGCAAAAUUCACCUGUGGUGUUGAGGUCAGGACAGUGGCUUGCAAGAGCAGGCAGGAAGGGACCUGAGGCUGUUCUGGCGCGGGCCACUCUGCAAUCUGUGGGUCUGGGUGCUGCUUCCUGGCUGUCCUCAGGCUGGGGAAGCCAUCAUUCUGAUGUUUGUCAUCUGUGGGUUUCCAUCUGUGUUGUACUUAAGUGCUCCACAGUAAACACGAGGAGUUGGUGAGUUGCAGGGUGGGGUUGUAAGGAGAGUCCCACCAGGGUUAGUGGGCACUGUCCUGUGCUUUCACACACUGGUGUUCGGGCAUGGUGUGGCCCGAGGCUGUCUGGCAGUGGGAUAGAUGAAGGAGUGAGAGAAUGGAUUCUAACACACGUACUGCAGAAACAAGUGCUUUCAAAACACCUCAGGGUUGCUAGGUGCAGUGGUCACACCCAUCAUCUCAGUGAGGCCAUGAGGCUGUGAGGCCAAGGCAGGAGGAUCACAGCUUCAAAGCCAACCUUUGCAAUUUAGCAAGACCCUGCUUCAAAAUAAAAUUAAAAGGGCUGGGGGUGUGGUCCAGUGGUAGAGGGCCUCUGGGUUCAUUUCCUAGUACAGCCAAUAAAUAAACACACAAUAAAUAAAAAAAAGGUCUAGGGAUAUAGUUCAGUGUCAGAGCACUCCUGGAUUCAAUCCCUAGUACCACAAAAUAGAAUCUAAAUAUUUUUUUUUUAAAUGGGCUGGGGAUAUGGCUUAUUGGUAGAGGGCUUACCUAGCAUGUGCGAGACCCUGGGUACAGUCUUCAGUAAUGCAAGACACAAACACAUCUUGCCCGAGAAAGUGCUGGGGCACCCUGGAGAGAGCCUAGCAGAUACCCAAAUGGGAGCAGGACUGCCUUCCCCACCCAGGCAAGGGCUGUAAAUGGUUCUCAAGGUUCCAUCCCUGGCUGUGGCCCACUAAGGCCAGAGACAAGAGUGCCCUGAUGUGGUCCCCAGCUCCAGGUCCUGUAUGCCCACAGCAUGAAUGGGGGUGCCACCAGGGAGGGGUAGGCAGCUGCAGCUGGUGCCCCAGGGAGUGAGCAAGUCCGCAUGGUGACAGGUGCUGGUAGACCUCAGCAGGAUGCAUCUGGCCAGCCGCCAGGAGAACGGCCCCCCACAGCCCCAGCAGCGCUACAGUUGGGGGCUGUGGCCGCUCUGGCAUGGCAAGGUGCUCCUGUGGGGUACGUCUAGUGCUGACCUCUGCUCAGGCUGUGGCUCCUGCCUUGCCAACUGUUUCUUGAGAUUUUGAUCAUUUUACAAGUUCUCAGGAUGCAGGUGUGGCUCUGGUAGAGCACUAGCCUUGGGCUCCACUCUCAGCAAAAAUUUAAAAAGAAAGAAAGAUGGGGCUGGGGUGGUGGCUCCAUGGUAGAGUGGCUGCAUAGCAUGUGUGAGACCCUGGGUUCCACCCUCAGCACCGCAUAAAUAAAUAAAAAGGUAUUGUCUAUCUACAACUGAAAUUUUUAAAAAAAUAUUUAAAAAGGAUGAAAUUUAUAAAGCCAGCACGGUGGUGGACAAUUCAGGGCGCCCCUGCCUACAAAAAUAACAACAAAGGGGCUGGGCUGGGGCUCAGCGGUAGAGCACUCUGUCAGCACAUGCGGGGCGCUGGGUUCCACCCUCAGCACCACAUAAAAAUAAACACAGGAAAUAAAAGUAUAAAAAAUUUAAAAAUGCCCCAGAGGCGACGUGCCUCCUGCCUGGCAGGGUGGGCUGGCAGCUGCUCCCACCAUGAAGCAGAGCCCAGUGGCACCAGGGAACGCAGGGAAGCCGCGAUGAGGCUGCAGGAGAAUUAGAAGUUUCUCAGAAGGGGGCGCAGGGGGGUCCUCAGAGGCAGGACUGAUGACGCAGGGGCAGGAGCACGGGGAAGGUCAGCAUGGCUUUGACCCCGCGCUGUGCCCAGGGGUCCUUGGGCUCUGGCGCCUGCUGGGUGCCGCUCACACCCCUGGCGGCCGGUCCCGGGGUGCUCACGCAGCUCAGUCGCACGCCCAUCAUGUGCCACCCUCUGGAGGAGGGGCUCCGCGGACAACUUUAAAGAAAGGCUCCAUUCUUCCUGGGACCUCAGCCUACCCCUGGCCCAGGGAGGCAGGAGGCCAGGCAGAGUUAUCAGAGGCAGGUGACCUAGAGGCUCCCGGAGCAGAUGAUGUCCCCACCAGAGCAGCCUCCAGAGAAGAGGUUGGCAGUGCAGUGGAUGACCAGCUUCAUUGGCACUGUGAACUGAGAUUCCGGGAGCAGAAGGUCCACACCGCAGAACUCAGGGUCCCAGCCAGGAGGUCUCUGGACUCUACUGGGGCCAUGCCUAGGCCAACCUUUGUCCAGCCAGGGAGAGGGUGAGUGCGAGUGUGAGAGUGGGAUGGAACAGGACAGGUGUGAGUGACACCCGACGCACCAUGAGCUGAGCUGGUGCCUGGAGCCUGACACAGUGGAGUCUGGGACCCUCCAUCCGCCCCUCCUGCUCUGAGGACAGGACUAUGCCUGUUCAGAGGAGGCUCCUGGGCUCUCUCAACUCCACCCCUACGGCCACCCCUCAGCUCCGGCUGGCCACCAACCAGACGGGCCCCCAGUGCCUGCUGGUGUCCGUUCCUGACGGGCUCUUCCUUGGCCUGGGGCUGGUGAGCUUCGUGGAGAACAUGCUGGUAGUGGUUGCCAUCGCCAAGAACCGCAACCUGCACUCUCCCAUGUACUGCUUCAUCUGCUGCCUGGCCCUGUCUGACCUGCUGGUGAGCACCAGCAGUGUGCUGGAGACUGCCAUCUUCCUGCUGCUGGAGGUGGGCGCCCUGGCAAUGCCAGCCGCUGUGGUGCAGCAGCUGGACAAUGUCAUGGACGUGCUCACCUGUGGCUCCAUGGUGUCCAGCCUCUGCUUUCUGGGGGCCAUUGCUGUGGACCGCUACAUCUCCAUCUUCUAUGCACUACGCUAUCACAGCAUUGUGACGCUGCCCCGCGCACGGUGGGCCAUCGUGGCAAUCUGGGCGGCCAGCAUCCUCUCCAGCACCCUCUUCAUCACCUACUACAACCACGCAGCUGUCCUGCUUUGUCUCGUCACCUUCUUUCUGGCUAUGCUGGCACUCAUGGCAGCUCUCUACAUCCACAUGCUUGCCCGGGCGUGCCAGCAUGCCCAGGGCAUCGCCCAGCUCCACAAGAUGCAGCGACCAGUGCACCAGGGCUUCCGCCUGAAGGGUGCUGUGACCCUCACUACUCUCCUGGGUGUUUUCUUCCUGUGCUGGGGCCCCUUUUUCCUGCACCUCACCCUCAUCGUUCUCUGCCCCCAGCACCCUGCCUGCAGCUGUGUCUUCAAGAACUUCAACCUGUUCCUGGCCCUCAUUAUAUGCAACUCCAUUGUGGACCCUCUCAUCUAUGCCUUCCGCAGCCGGGAGCUCCGCCUGACCCUCAAGGAGGUGCUGCUGUGCUCCUGACAGGUCUAGUAAGCAGCCCCCACCACGCUGUCAGCUGCAGCCCAGACUGCUGGUUCCCGGCAAGGCCAGUCUCUGCUGGGAGACAGAACAGUGAGUCAGCCUUCAGCCUGGCACCAGAGCCCUCUGGGGACAGAGGGGGAGCUGGCUUGGUCUGAUGCCAUCCUGGCAGAGAGGGAGUCCAGGCCUAUGGAUGGUUCCAAGCUUCUUCCCUUGCUCGGACAAGGAGGCACAGCCAAAUACUCACCCAGGACUCCUUGAAUGGGGACAGCUGGAAACCAACCACGGAAAGCCACAUCAUGGACAAACUGUGGGGGAGGGGCGUCUCUUGAGAACAAAAGACCCAUUUCUAUGCUUGCCAAACCAGGGAGCUUCUCCCGAGAGAGGAGAGAGACGCAACUACAACACACAGCACUCCUGCACAGAAUGGAGGGCACAGGCGCCUGCAGCUUGUUCUCAGCUGCUGGCUUUGAAGUGAAUGAUGCUUGAGGGUCUACACACUGUGGUGCUGCCUGAGACCCUUCUUAAGGGAUUUCUGUCAUCAAAGUUCCAUGAGGACCUCAUUAUAAGGUGUCAUUGGAAUAUCUAACCCUAGAUGAAUAUUAAACCAGCAGUAUGUAUGAAUAGAAUGAUGCAUGGCAGAUGCAUCCUCUCCUUCCUCUUCUGACAGUCUCCUUAAGUAGGUGGUUCCAGAUGGCUCCAGGUCCCCUCCCUACCCUCACUUAUACCAAGAGUUCAAGGAUACAGGUGACAUCAGGGAAUGGGUCAGAAACUGCUGUCCUCUGUCUUUUGCCCUGGUAGGUCCAGUGCCUGGCUUAUGUACCUUUAGGACGAUUCCUGAGGCGGAUAUUCAUGGAGCAAGGGCUGCAUGCCAGGCGCUGGGAAUGCCCAGGAGUGCAAUGCCUCCUCAUGGCCACCCUCGGGGAGGAAGGGCAGGUGGCACCUUCCGUUGCCAGGUCAGGGACUCUGAGUUGCAUACAUCACCUGCUGCCCUUCUGUUCCCCUAGUCUCCUAACUCGGAUGUUUCUGGGUCCUGUCUGAAGCUCGCUUUCUUGCAGGUGGCCUGCUUAGUGGGUUCCUGCCUCGCCCACCCCUACAAACCUGGCAGAGACCAGAAUACCUUGUCUGCCACAAGAUAGGGAUCCAGGAAGACGGGGGUUUGUUCCUAAGCGGAUGAGAAGAAAGACCCUACUCACAAAGCCUCAGGGUGGGGCUGCAGCAGUGGUGGAACCCAACAGGGCAGCUGCCUCGGGGAGGGAUGUCCAAGGGCCCAGGGGAGCUCUAUUGUCCUCCCUGGAGUCCCCACUCGCACAACCGGACCCUCUGGGAGCCAGCCCCUCCUUUCGGAGGCGCCGGGCCCGGCCUAGUCCCGGCGGCGGGAGUAGGAGCCGCAUUGCGCGGGCGGAGCCGGGAUGUGCGGUGC